AUGGCUUCCGCACAUCAUUACCUCAAUCGAACUCAAGUUGUUUGGCAAAAGUUCAGUUCCUCUGGAGCCGACCAUCUUUCCGUUACAGAAACCUGGAGAAGCAAUCAGAAAAACCCGGGUGCUACGGUGUCGGUGCACCGGAAAGUCAGAAAGUCAGAGCUUCGGAGCUGGUUACAGCAGACCAACGGAAUCAAUUCUUGUGCAGAAACAGCACUCAAAAAGCAUUGUGUACUUCGAGUUAUUUGGAUCCUUCUGGACACAAAACGGCAAAUCGUCGACAUCGACGCUGUUCUUUUCGAAGAGAUAUGCGCUGCGUUUCGUCACCAACCGGCACAGGCCUAUUGCACGACUCAAUAUGCAGGCAUAGGCCGUAUGAUGGAUCAGAAAACGGGAAAGGACGUGAACUUCCUCUGCAAUCAUCCAAAACUCGCCGUCACAUGGUCGCACGAUGCAGAGCUUGGCGUCACAAGCGUGAUCUGCGUAGCGGAUCGUUGCAAACUCGAUAUUAUGCAGGAGAUGAUGGAACAAGAAUUCGUGCAGAACCUGGCCCACCAUGAAAUGACGCCGGCAUUGAUGAGCGCCUUGAUGAGCUCGAAGGAGAUUGACGCUGAAGUUGGUGAGGUCAAGAAGUUAGUCCGGGAGGUAGAGGUACGGACGGGUUACCACGAGUGGACGGGCCGUGCUGAAGACUCCGCGAGGGGUGAUUUGGUGGGCUUGUCAGCAAGAAUGAGCGGGUGUGGAACGAGAGUUGAGUCGAAUGCGCGAAAAUUAGGAGUAGUUGCGGAGUUUGGUCAGUUUAUUCAUAACCACCUGGAAGAUGAACGAGACUUUAGAAGUAAGGAAGAACUGUUAGCGCUAAAUUGCCUCAUCGAGCAACGUACCGCCAUGCAAGUCCUUGACCUGAAGUACACCUUGUCGCGAAUUCGGACUCAAAAAGAAGCGCUCUUCAACCUCAUAUCCGCGAACGACUCUGCAUCUGCCCGACACAUCGCUGAAGAAUCCCGCCGAAUAGCAUGGGUUACUAAAAAUGAUGCGCAAAGCAUGAAGCUACUUGCUCUAAUGACUACGAUAUUCUUGCCAGGCACAUUUGUAUCAGGUCUUUUCAGCACACCAAUGUUUCAGCGCGAACCCAGAAACCAGGUCGACGAUACCGUUGUCAAGGUCUGGAAACCAGGACUGUUCCUAUAUAUUGCAGUUUCCCUGCCACUCCUGAUGAUGACGCUUCUGAUAUGGGCCCUGUGGACGUUCGGAUAUAAACUGAAGAACGAGAGAUAUAUCAGGGUUGCACGGAAGCGUCUGUUUCACAAUAUCGGGUGUACGGAGAAGGAGAAUCUAAUCACGAGACAGAAUACCAUUUCGGAGGAACUCUUAGUGAGUCAGCGAUAG